UUGUGGUCUUUUUUUUUUCUUUUAGCAGGUUUUGUCUCUCUUUCCUUAAAUUGUUCCUGUUUUGCUUUGUUGAAUGUAUUUUUUGGGGAGGGACAGUUUUGAAUUUACAGAUAUUUGGGGGGGAUUUUUUUUGGGUCAACUUCACUGUAUAUAAGUAAAAAAUAUGGCUGAGAUUAAACGAUUUGCACUUUUAGUUUUAUAUUUUUUGUCUUUCUUGUGUUUUCUUUCUGGGGAUAUCGGCUGUGGGGGUGCCACCUGACACCUCAGUGAGACAUGUCAGAGAUGUUUCUUUGUGCUCUGUAUUCAAAGGAUCUGUGGUAAUUCACACAGACUCCCCACAGAAAGAAGGAGAGAGCUGUUCUUGGUGGGAAUGCAGAAGUUGUGCUCAUUGCUCUGGUUUUGAGGAUAAAAGGAAAAUGCUUUUACUUUAGAGCUCUGAAACUCCACAGAUGGACUGAGGUCGCAGCCGUCUACCAGGUAAUAAUACUGACUCCAUUUAAUUAUUGAAGCGGUUUUCUACACAGCACCCCACGUGCAAGUUUCAACACGAUAACCUCUGUUUUGGCGACUCAAUGAUGACUCAAUCUCCUUUACAUCUAAAGAAAGCAAGAUCUAAACGCUCUGCAUUACAUUCCUGUUUAACAGACCUCACACUCUACAAAACCCUGCACCACACAGUCCAGUUACACACCUGUUCGAGGAAAAACCUUACUUCAGAUUAUUCAUGAUGAGGUUUCCCAACCUUUCUGUCAGACUGACUCAUGCACUCUUUCUUCAUCGCUGCCUUUCAUGUUUAAACUUGAACCAGCAUCAAACAGGAUCUGGACUGCUUCCUGUUUGCUGCUUAGUGUUUGUGCUUAGCAAACUUGCUUAUCCAUAGCUGUUCAUUAUGAUUUCCAUCCACUACUUUCUUCUUUAACAGCUUUUCACUUCAUUUAGUAACCACUUUCUGUUCAGUAUGUUUAUUAAACAGUUGCAGCUAUUAGCCAACUUUUAGUGAGCUGAAACCUCAAAACCUUGAUUUGUUUGUUUUAACUAUUUCUACUGAUGAAGUAUUUAUUUUAGUUAAUCGUGCCAGCCCAAACGUGUUCUCUAGAGACUCUGAAAGUUGUAAAAUGUAAUUUACUAUUAUUUAAAUAGUUUGAGUGAAUCUAUCCAUGUAGCUGCUUCCGUGGACCUCUGAUUGGUCAUUACUGACCAAAGAAAGCUCAAAGCUGCAGACAGAAGAACUCAGUGUUUACAGCUACUUUAUUAACUGUUCUGUUUGCAACAUGGCAGCAAGAUUUGCUAUGAUGGUUUGGAGACAGAGGAGGAGCUGGAGUUAAUGAUGUUACGGUUAACCCCAAAUUGUCAGAAUAAUACUAUUGAUCCUUUUUUAUAAUCUGUACAAAUACAUGACACAAAGACAGAAAUAAAUAAAAUCAAAUACAUUCACGGCCAUAUUUUGGGAUCCUCAGCGGCCAUCUGAAACAUUACAUCAUCUCCUCUUCCUCACUGUUACCCUGAAAUAGGUUUCCACCAUAAUUAUGGCUUCCCCUCCAUCCUCGAACCUCUGGGUGGGGAUGGUGCUGGUGGUAAUGGUGGUCGUGGUGGAGCUCCCAGGAGCCCUGCAGAGGUGCAUCUUUGAUGAGCUUCAGGUUCAGGUCAGAGUGGUCAGAGCUACAGACAGCCCACCCAAGCAGCUCAGAAGGUCAGAGGAGCAGAGGAGCAUCCUGGGAAAAUCUGGCUCACCUACUCCUACCUCACCACAGCCAAUGAGGAUCCGGACCUGGAUUCCGAGAGAGAGCGACAGCCUAUCAGAGGCUGAGAAAGGAAGGCUGGAGGCAGCGGUGGAAGAAGCUGUGAGAGUGGUGUCUUCUUUACUGUCAGUGAACAGAGUGCCGGGCCCUUUACUGCUCAGCAGAGACAUCAACAAAUACUGCAAGUUUCUCUGGAGGGAUUCAAAUACUAUCAACUACAACAGAAUUUUUUUUAAAGCGUCUAAAUUAAACUUCGCCCAUGUGGCUUUCACCUGUUCCUCAGUGUAUCUUCUUGUUCCUCAGCCCAGUGUGUUGGCCUACGCUGUUCACUGCCAGACGGACAGUCACGGGCGACCUGUAGCUGGGGUGGUGGUCAUCUGCAGGGACCGGCUGACAGGAGCCACAUACAGCCACCAGACUACAGUACAGACUGUCAUUCAUGAAUUGUUCCAUGCACUUGGAUUUUCUAAGGAUCUCUUCAGCACCUGGAGAGACUGUUACUCCUCCUCCUCUUCCCAAGUGGGUGCUGAUUGUUCUCCUCGAGGCAAAGCGAGUCACUCUGACGGAUCCGGCCACAUGAGGAUUUACACCCCGUCCGUCAUUUCAGCCCUGCAGAAGCACCUGGUGUCCAGCGAUCCGGAGCUGGGAGGGCCACUGGAGAACCUGGUACUGCACAGCUUCAAGUGCAGAAACUUUAACAAACUAAAAAGGAAACCUAACGGUGCUUUCACCCCUCAGGACGCAGCUCCAGGCAGGGUGUCCUCACACUGGGAGUCCCGGGUCCUGCAGGGCUCCAUUAUGUCGGCAGUGCUCGGGGAUCCUAGCACAGUUCGGAUCGACCCAGUGACCUUAGCUGCAUUACAGGACACGGGGUGGUACACCGUCGACCUGAGCCGGGCUCAGAGUCUGGUCUGGGGAGACGGUGAAGGAGCCAUGUUUGGCUCCCUGUCAACCUGCCAAGAUAACUCCUCAUCCUUCUUCUGCACUGGAAGUGGACGUGGAUGUCAUUUUCUUCAUCUCCACAAGGGGGAGUGCCAGACUGACCAAUACCUGGAGGGCUGUCGAGUGUAUAAACCCCUGCAGAAUGGAAGUGAAUGCUGGAAAAAAGAAAGCAGCAGGUGGACAGCUGAAGAUGAGCUGAGCGGGGAGAGUUUUGGCUUUGACAGCAGAUGCUUUCUCUCCAGCCUCAGCACACAGAACCAGAGUCAGGUCAGCAGCUCUGUGGAGGGCCGGUGUUAUAGGCACAGGUGUACCGGACCGAACAGGUAUCAGAUCCAGGUGUUUGGCUCUGAGUGGGUGGACUGUCCAGCAGGGGGCAACAUUCAGGUAUAAUAACAUAAUGGCUUAUUACAGUGUUAUGUGUUUUUGGAUGAGCAUUAAUUCAGAGUUAAAACUUGCAGUUUUUGUGCAUAUAAACAGUUUCAUUUAUACAGAUGUUUCUAUUAUUACCACAUUUAUAUGAUUAAGAGCAUCUUAGUAUAAAAACAUCCUAAUGGAUAAUACAGUCAACAUCUCAUAUAUAAAAAUGAUUUAUUUUUGCAUCAGAUUAAAGGAUACAAUGGUGCAGUUUUCUGCCCUGACAGGAGGUUAUGUCUGUACCCUGAUGUGACUCCUCCCUUAGAUGAUGUCAGGACACUUCCUGCAUGCAUCAGAUGUGAGAUUUCUACCUCAGCCCAUGAUGAGACCUGGUCUCCCCUCAGACCACCCACAGACCCACCUGUAUCCACAGCGCUGUGCUUCACUGCUGCUGCGUGUCUGCUGGCUGCACUGAUGGUGUCCUGCUGGAAAUGUCGCUCAUGUAUGUUCAGAACACGCAUGGUGGCCCCUGACCAGCAGGGUCAUCUGUAGAAAGCCUGUUCUUAGGAAUGGGCAAAGACUAAAUUUUUAAUUUUAAAGUGAAUUAAAAAACUGCUUUUACUUUUAUUUCCUGGGGUGUUUUUAUUUUCUACCUUUGAUUGUCUCGCUGUGGAGUUCUCUAUCAGCAGGGGAAGACCCAAGCCACAGAGAUGGAGAAGCUGGAUUUAUACUUCCAUAAAUCAGUUUUUAUUUUUGUCAAAUGAGAUUGUGACGACUAAAUGUUAGUUUCGUUCAUCAAAAUCAUUUCCCUGUCAUGGACAUUUCUCUAACCUACACUUGUUUAUGGCAUUAAAUACAAUGUAAAUUCAAAGAGGAUGAGGGUAAACAGUAAAAUAAUCAAAUAUAUGGUAACAAAUUGUAAAUUUUUAACUGUAUUUUGAUUUUUUGCACUGAUUAAACCUCCAAACUAUCCCCAUCUUUACUUUUGAACAUUUAGGUUCAGUAAUUUUGAGAUAGUCUUACUGAUGAUACAGCAGAAUCGAACGAGCAAUUUCCUUUAAAACACUUCCUCUAGAACAGUUUUGUCAUCUCACAGGAGUGACACAGAUGACAAAUGACCUGUGAUUGUUAUUGUAAGUGAGCAUAUUAUUUCCACAAGAUGCAAAUGUAGAUAUGAAUGUCAUGACAUGCCUUGGAAAAACGCGUGCCCAGACUUGCUGAGACUUACAGGACACAAAGUCAGCCUGUUUUCCCACCUCAAGGUUCUUUGUUGUCAUUCAUCACGAAGGGACGUGACAGAACAAACACCUGCUGGCAAACUGACAGAUACUUUGAAACCAGUUUGGCAGAAAGCUGCUGCUUCCUAGUGCUGCGACCCAACACGAACAUGAAUGAAUUAAACUUGUGCUUUUUAAAUCUCAGCCUGUAGAAUAUAGUUUGGCUCACACCAACAGAAGCUGAGAGCAAAAAUGAUGGUGGCUCAAGA